AUGCAAGCUGCUGAUGUGGACAACAGUGGAACAAUAGACUACAAAGAGUUCAUAGCCGCAACAUUGCACCUAAACAAGAUAGAGAGAGAGGACCAUUUGUUUGCAGCUUUUACAUACUUUGACAAAGAUCGUAGCUGCUGGUGUUUAUCACAGUCUCGCUGUCUCAGGUGCUUAUCACAACCUGCAAAAUCCUUCACCUCUGAUGAAGAAAGGCCAGUACAUCACAGAAGUCCACCUCUGAUCAAAAGUCCCUCUUUUUGUAAACAAAACUCAAAAAGUCACCCAAAAUGUUACGCGAGUUAUUUGUCGGUGGCGAUAUUAACACAUGCAGAGCUUUAG